AAAGGUUAUUUCAAGUGUUUGACAAACAAUUUUUUUGAUUUGCUAUGAAAAAGUCAAAAACAAAAAAACCAGCCUCAGUAGCUUUCUCAUAACAGCUUUUCGAUAGAUUCGCGCGAUCUGGAUUCUCUCAAGCAGUUGCAGCUCCUCAUCCAAAUGUAAAUUAUUGAUAAAUCAAGAGAUCCUCUCUCUAGGGCUUUGACUGUGUCGGCCGCUGGAGCCUUUUUCCGAUUUCGAUUUUCUUGAAGAUCGACUUUGUUAUCCCUUAGUCGCUGGUGCUCGAUUGGAGCCCAGGUCAGACGCGGAGGGCGGAAAUCAGUGGAGGAGGGAAGAGUUGUUGUCAUGGCUCGAGGAGAUCGGCGUUGUGGUCAAGGUUCGUGGAUGCGGCGUUGCUGUCGUCGGUGGAGAAGAUCGGCGCCGCCUAUCCGUUUACUCUGGUCGCACGGAGCAGGGAUGAGUUUGAUUAUGCAGGGAUGGAGGAUUGAUGCAUGGUCUUUGGCAGCCAAAGGUCAUGGAGGAUCAAUUAGCAUGGUACCAGUGGUACGACCUCCUCCUGAACCACCACCAUGGGAUGUACGAGGUGCUAGAGUUCGUGAACGCUUUUCUUGUAGUUUUUAUUUGUUUGUUAUUUGUUUUCUUGCGUCCAUUUUUGUUGGGUUUGACAGUUUGUUUGAGUUUUUUGUCUUUCUUUAUGUCAUUGGGUAUGGUUGGAUCUAUGGGAAUAGUUUUGCCUGUGUCAAGCCCACUACAUGGUUAGCGUUUCGUGUUGCUCUCUCAGGGGUGACCGUCACAAAGUCUCACCAUAGGAUUACAGUUGUAGUUCUUGGAGUUUCAGUUGAUGUCUGUUUUAUUUUCCCCUUACUUGAUGUAAUGAUCCUGAAUCUUUUGAUAUGAAUAGAGGCA